AUGUCAUACCUUCACCCCGGUGAUCAUGUGUGGGUCAAAGAUACAGUGGAAAGAGGCACUGUGGUGUCUACUGCCGGCACGCCAAGGCCCUACAUCAUUGAGACGCCCGGGGGCGCUCUGCGAAGAAACAGAUGCCAUCUUUCGCCAACCCCUGUGGCUCCUGAAAAACCUUCCAACUCAAUUGAGCCAGCACUUGAGAGCACUGUUCCUGACGCCGCACACACUCCUGUCACACCAGGAGCCCAGUGUGAAGAUUACAUGAUCGCAAGGGACGUUCUCCUGGUUAUCAUUUCCCUCUGUCUCUUCCUGUGGAUCAGGAAAAAGAGGGCUUCCAAGGAAUCGUCUGAGCCUGAAGAGAGACCAGACAACAGGGAACAGUUUCUACCUGAACAGCCAGAGGAGCAGGAUAACCUUCAGUAUGCCAGCAUUCACUUCACCAACAACCAGGCAGAUCCUCUCUACUCCAACAUCAGACCAGCUCGCUCCCUCAGACACACGGAGCAACAAGAUUUCAUGGAGUACGCUGUUGUCACAUUUAAGAGUAAUACUGCCCCGAGAUCCAGAGGUCAGGAAACUGGAGAGGAUGUAGCUGCAUUGUACAGCACCGUCAACAAAACCUAUUGAAUACAACAGAUAUUACAUUUCUGAUAUUUCUCUGUUUCUUUAUGAACUGAUUUAAGCAGAUAACUAUUGAUUUUUACAAUAUAUUUCUCAGGAUGGGCCUCAAAAAAUGGGCUAAUUAAUUAUAUACCUUAGAGAAACUUUAACAUAACAUCCACCAGUAUAGCAGUAGGGGUGGUGAUGGAGCAGUGGAUAAGACACAUGCCUUCAGAUUCCCACUACGACA